AUUUCUGUUUUGGGAUCAAUGACUGGUGUAUACAAGACUGAAGUCAUAACAGUGAUGACACCCAUGCUUAAUUCAUUGCUGGAACAAUUUUCUGUAAUUUUACAACCUCCAGUACAGCCUGAAGAUCCUGAUGACUGGGGCAUUAGGAUGGAGGUACUAAAAUGUUUGCUCCAGCUAGUGCAGAAUUUUCCGAGCCUGUUGAAAGCCCAAUUUUCCAUCAUUGUUGCACCUUUAUGGCAGAUGGUUGUUUCCUCUCUCAAAGUAUAUCAGCUAGCAGCAAUCCAAGGUAGCGAGGAUCCUCAUUCAGGAACAUAUGAUUCUGAUGGUGCUGAAAAAAGUCUCGAGUCAUUUGUUAUUCAGUUAUUUGAGCUCUUGUUGACUAUUGUGGGCAACUCCAAGUUUGCAAAGGUUUUUGCUACGAGGAUUAAUGAACUGGCGUAUUAUACUAUUGCCUUUCUUCAGAUCACAGAAGAACAACUUCAUCCCUUGACAAUGAUACUUAAAAAUGCUCCUAUUGAUCUAGUGAAAGCUGUAUUUGAGAUUUGCUUCCAUCCCGCCGUUCAAAUUCUUCUUGAAUCUCACGAUCAUGGUGAGAUGCAGAAUGCAACAGAAUGUUUGGCUACUUUUCUUUCUGCUGGAAAGCAAGACUUACUUGGCUGGGGUGGCGAUCCAGGCUUGACGAUGAAAAGAUUGUUGGAUGCUUCCUAUAGGUAGAUUUUGGUU